AUGUAUCUUCUAAAACUGUUAAUUUCUAUGGGAGUGUAUUUUUUCUCUCCCGAAAACAUCACAAACAAGUCAGAGAAAAGACAUCAACGCUUCUGUAGAUCUAGCGAUCUUGUAAAUGAACCUUGCUUCAGAGCUGGUGAUCCUCGGGUGAAUGAGAAUCAAGCUUUAAUGGCAAUGCACGCUCUGUGGGUUCGUGAACACAACCGUAUUGCCAAACUCCUACACUUAUUAAAUCCAUGGUAUAAUGACGAGAAACUGUUUCAAGAGGCGCGCCGAAUCGUUGGUGCCAUGAUACAACACAUUACAUAUAAUGAAUGGUUGCCAGCACUCAUCCCCAGUCAAACUUUGAGGCAAGAAGCAGGAGUUGCGUUAGAGGCACCUGGAACAUUCUUCGACGGUUACGAUCCUUUUGUAAAGUGUGUAAUGUUCAACGAAUUCUCUACGGCUGGUUUAAGAAUAGGCCACACCCUGAUUCGGGAAACCUUUACACUGGCGGAUGGAGUUCGUAGGGUGGACCGCCUGAAUGAAUCUGCAGUCGAUUUUUUUGACCCAGCAGUGCUCUACGAACUAAACUUAGGAGUCAAUCCCUAUACAGGUUUAUAUCUUGGAUUAGCUUUGGAAAGAGCCUUCGAAUUUGACCGGAAUAUUGCUUUGGCGGUGUUGGAGAAACUCAUAAUACCAGGACCACACGAUGGUAUUUUUGGUGACCUUGCUUCUAUAAACAUUCAGCGUGCACGAGAUCAUGGCAUACCAGGCUAUAUCGAGAUUUCAAAACUUUGUGGUGGUCCAGCAGCUACAGGUACCGGCUUCAAUGAUCUUACAGAUAUACCAUUUGCUCAGCGGGUGAGACUGGAAGACACUUACAGAACUGUCGAGGACAUCGAUCUAUUUGCGGGAAUAUUGAGUGAAAACCCUAUAGAAGGCAGUGAGAUGGGAAGAACCGCCACCUGUCUGUUUCUCAAACAGUUUAAGGACUGCCGCGCUGGUGAUCGCUUCUGGUAUGAGAGAGACGACCCUCUGACAGGGUUUACCACAGGACAACUGACCGAGAUAAGAAAGGCCACUUUAGGUCGAGUGAUAUGUGACAAUUCAGAUGGCGUGUUCACUAUUCAGCCCAAGGUCUUCUUGCGAAAUAUUAACAAUAGUGUAAAUGAUGAUGUGUCCUGCAGCGAUCUGCCAAUUGUCGACUUGAAUGUUUUUAAAGAGAAUUCUGAGAUCAAACUAGACUUACCCAAGCCGCGCACGAAGUACUGCAAGCGCGGCUCUGUUCCAAGUGAAUGGAUAUUAACAACGAACGACCGUCUUCUGUUUCAGAGGCAAGAAGCAGGAGUUGCGUUAGAGGCACCUGGAACAUUCUUCGACGGUUACGAUCCUUUUGUAAAGUGUGUAAUGUUCAACGAAUUCUCUACGGCUGGUUUAAGAAUAGGCCACACCCUGAUUCGGGAAACCUUUACACUGGCGGAUGGAGUUCGUAGGGUGGACCGCCUGAAUGAAUCUGCAGUCGAUUUUUUUGACCCAGCAGUGCUCUACGAACUAAACUUAGGAGUCAAUCCCUAUACAGGUUUAUAUCUUGGAUUAGCUUUGGAAAGAGCCUUCGAAUUUGACCGGAAUAUUGCUUUGGCGGUGUUGGAGAAACUCAUAAUACCAGGACCACACGAUGGUAUUUUUGGUGACCUUGCUUCUAUAAACAUUCAGCGUGCACGAGAUCAUGGCAUACCAGGCUAUAUCGAGAUUUCAAAACUUUGUGGUGGUCCAGCAGCUACAGGUACCGGCUUCAAUGAUCUUACAGAUAUACCAUUUGCUCAGCGGGUGAGACUGGAAGACACUUACAGAACUGUCGAGGACAUCGAUCUAUUUGCGGGAAUAUUGAGUGAAAACCCUAUAGAAGGCAGUGAGAUGGGAAGAACCGCCACCUGUCUGUUUCUCAAACAGUUUAAGGACUGCCGCGCUGGUGAUCGCUUCUGGUAUGAGAGAGACGACCCUCUGACAGGGUUUACCACAGGACAACUGACCGAGAUAAGAAAGGCCACUUUAGGUCGAGUGAUAUGUGACAAUUCAGAUGGCGUGUUCACUAUUCAGCCCAAGGUCUUCUUGCGAAAUAUUAACAAUAGUGUAAAUGAUGAUGUGUCCUGCAGCGAUCUGCCAAUUGUCGACUUGAAUGUUUUUAAAGAGAGUCCCAAAUAUUCCGGUGCUCCUAAAUUUUCCCGGAGUGGUGGUUUUGGCGGAAAUGUCGCUGCUUGAAGUUUUCCCAGGGAUCCAUUUUCGAAUUUGUUCCAUGCAAGUUUUCAUUUUAGUCAGUCAAAAACGAUGUAGCUGAUGUUAAUAAUGAAUGUAACAAGCCUGAGUUACAACCUACGUGGCCCACGGUCGAAUAGCUAGUUAUAUAGCCAAUAUUAUAAUUAAUAGAGGAUUAAAUUGCCUUGUUAGUCAAUAAGUAUAAGCAGUCAUUAAUUGUUUUUUAUCAAUCGAUCCUCCUCCUUUUAGGAAACGUACGAUAAAUUGUUUAUAACAUAAAGGGCAAAAGUUGAUGUGUUCCAGCAUCGGUUGAUGGUGGACAAUCCAUUUAAAAAAAUAUAUGAUGUGAUACCGGACCUCUUAAAAAACUCGAUAAACUUCGUACGUCAUCUUAGACAGUCUUGAAAAAUCUAUUUAUACCUCAGAAAAUUCGGACAUCUUAGGUCAACAAUGAAAAAACUUGAGUACAAAUGUCGUCCUUUAGGGCCACUCCUAAUUCAGUGAUUAUAUAUAUGCUCCAAAUUCGAUCGAUUCAAGCGUGAAACUCGAGUAACUGUAGAUUCUAUCUUAAUGUUCAUGCUCCAAGUUCAGUCAUUUUUAGUACAUUUACUAUAUUAUAAAGGAAAGUCGCUGCUGAAGAAUUUUUUUGUCAUUUUCAAUACUUAGUUUUUGAAUGUUAAUCUAAUAACGAAGCAUGUAAAAUAACUCUAUGAAAGUGGAAAUAAACUUUAGCAACUUUA